AUGGCUCCCGGUCUGAUCGAGCGUAUCCAGGCCAAGAUCGAGCUCUUCCGCCUCGAGCAGCGCUACACCCGCCGCCGCCAUCGCCGCUCCACCUUCGUCUCCAACGCGGUCUACGUCGACGGCGAGUACAUCUACAACACUCCCGUCUCGACUGGCUCCUCGGCCAACACCUCGUCCACCACAUCCUCCAGUGCCUCGGAGAAGCCCGGCAAGCGCCUGAACCGCUUCUCCUCCAUGCCCGGCUUCGGGUCCCUGUCCAAGGCAAGCGGUCCUUCGCCGGCCGGCCAGGACUGGAGGCAAGGCCGAGUCAGCGUCAGCGAGGUGCGAUGA